UAAAAAUAUGAGUCGCAAAAUAUGGGUCGUAAAAUUUUGUAUAACAAAAGCAUCAAGUAAAGCCGAAAUCAACAAUAACUUAACAUUUUAUAACAUAAUUUUUGAGAUAUUAAUUUUGUAUUAAAAAAUUAAAUUAUAAAGUACUCAAUGAUUAUCAAAACAAAAUAUUUAAAAAUUUUGAAAAACAAGGAAGAAAGUUUGAGGAGGUGAAGACACAGGACUAUUUUACAAACACGUACAUAUUUUUUUAUAACUCAAUAAAUUUCUACAAGAACAAAAUAUUAUUUAAAAUAAGAGAACAUUAAGAAUAAUUUAUAUUUUACAAAAAUGGCGAAUCCGAUCAAAAAUAAUAAAGCUCCAAAAACUGUUGGUUUACAACGGAAUCUUGGUCUAUUAUCAGCAGUAAAUAUAAUUAUUGGCGUUAUGAUUGGAUCUGGAAUUUUUGUUUCACCAACUGCUGCUCUUAAAUAUUCUGGUAGUGUGGGUAUGUGUUUAGUUGUAUGGACAUUAUCUGGUGUUAUAUCAUUAGUUGGUGCAUUAUGUUUUGCUGAAUUAGGAACAGCUGUACCAAAAUCUGGUGCAGAAUAUGCAUAUUUAAUUGAAACAUUUAAAGAACAAAAUAAAUUUUGGGGACCAUUACCAGCAUUUAUAUGCGCAUGGGUUUAUGUAAUAGUAUUAAGACCAGCUGAAGUAGCAGUUAUUGUAUUAACAUUUGCUGAAUAUUCAGUACAGCCAUUUAGUCAUUUAAUUGGUUUAGAUAAAAUGACUCAAGAAGAUCAAACACAAAUUGUAAAAUUGAUUUCAUUAUUAGCUUUAGGUAUUAUAACAUAUAUAAAUUUAGUUAGCGUAAAACUUUAUCUACAUAUCAACAACAUAUUUAGUUUUUGUAAGGUGAUAGCAUGUUUUAUUGUGAUUGGCGGUGGUAUAUAUGAAUUAGCAAUUGGAAAUACGAAAAAUUUAAGCAGUGGAUUUGAAGGUACAACAAGUAAUCCGGGUUUUAUAGCACUAGCAUUUUAUAAUGGUUUAUGGGCGUAUGAUGGUUGGUCAAGUGUAACAACAGUUACAGAAGAAAUUAAAAAUCCCGAAAAAAACAUUCCAAGAUCAAUUUUAAUUGCUGUUCCUAUUAUAACUGCCUUAUAUGUUUUUAUGAAUUGUGCUUAUAUGACUGUUUUAACACCAACUGAAAUGAUUGAAUCAAGUGCAGUAGCUGUAUCAUUUGGUAAAAAAGUACUUGGACCAUUUUCAUUUAUAAUACCUUUAGGCGUUGCUCUAUCAACAUUUGGAUGUGCAAUGAGUAUACAAUUUGGUGUAACAAGAUUAUGUUUUGUCGCUAGUCGUGAAGGACAAUUUUAUGAACCAAUGUCUUAUGUUCAUGUUAAACGUAAUACACCGGCUCCAGCAGUUGCAUUACAAGGAUUAAUUACAUUCAUAUUUAUAUUAGUUGGAGAUAUUGAAACAUUAAUAGAAUUUGCAUCAUUUUUAAUAUGGUUCUUUUAUGGAUCAGCAGUUAUUUGUUUACUUAUUUUAAGACGAACUAAACCACAUUUAGAUAGACCAUAUAAAGUUCCAAUUAUAAUACCAAUAUUUACAAUUGGUGUGGCAAUAUUUUUGUCUACAGUGCCUGUUAUUGCAGAACCAUCAUUGAAAUUUUUAUUUGCAAUUGGAUUUUUAUUUAGUGGAUUUGUUGUUUAUGUACCAAUGGUUUAUAUGAAAAAGAAACCAUUUUUUGUUGAAAAAUUAUCACAUGCUAUACAAGUAUUGUUCGAAGCUGUACCGUCAGAAGAACCGAAAGCUUUAUAGUAGACUUUUAUAUUAAUUUUUUUUAUUAAUUUUAGUAAUUUUAAAUUAUUAUUUUUUUAAAUUAGUAAUUAAGGAAAUAAUUUUUUAUACUAAAAAGUGAAACUUUUAAAAUAUUGUACUUUUUUUUAU